GCCCAUGAGAGUAUUCAUUUCCGUUGGUGUUUCAGUUGCCCUGUCGUAGUAGAAACUGCUAGAAACUUGUGAAAGUGUACAUAAGAGUCGCAAAUGACUGCAGAAAUAAGAAGAUAAAGGGUUUUGGUCGCCCCACCGACGCUUUACAGUUAAGUUUUAGUUUAAGAGUGGUUAUGUCAGGUCAGUUUUCCUCGUUUUACUGUUGUUAGCUUCUAAAAGCAUGCUCCGCUUUAGCAUGUUGUAGCGAGGAUGGGCGACACUGACGUUUAAGUAACGUUAAAGUCUUAUCAGUACCUGUAUGUGCUUUAUUACCCUAAAACAAAUUAAAACCGCUUUGAUAUAACAACGAACGUUAAAACUGUGGACAGCUAAUAACGCCCGUCGAUGAUUCGGUUGGAGUUGAGUUCAAGGUCCAGGUCUGAGUAAAUAUAACACGCACGCCGUUGAUUAGCAUUACACAAACUUUUGUCAAAAUGUCAGACUCUGCUGACACCCGCACCAAAACGUUAAAUUUCAACGUCGGGGUGCUCGGACAUGUCGACAGCGGGAAGACGUCGCUUGCCAGAGCGCUAAGCAGCACCGCCUCCACGGCUGCCUUCGACAAGAACCCGCAGUCCCGAGAGAGGGGCAUCACGCUGGACCUCGGCUUCUCCUCCUUCACGGUGGACCUUCCGGAUCACCUGCGGGACAGCGGAGGCCAGCAGCAGUAUGACAGCCUGCAGUUCACCUUAGUGGAUUGUCCGGGACACGCUUCUCUUAUUCGGACUAUCAUUGGGGGAGCCCAAAUCAUUGAUCUGAUGAUGCUUGUGGUGGAUGUGGUAAAAGGGCUGCAGACUCAGACUGCGGAGUGUUUGCUGAUAGGAGAGCUGACCUGCCGUUGUAUGGUGGUCGUCCUGAACAAAACUGACCUGCUGCCGCCCAACAAGAGACAGAGUGCUAUUGAGAAAAUGACAAAGAGGCUGCACAAAACUCUGGAGAGCACCAGAUUUAAGGAAUGUCCAGUGAUUGCUGUGGCAGCGAAGCCCGGGGGCCCAGAGGCUCCUGACUCAGAGGAGCCACAUGGAGUGCCAGAGUUAAUAGAGCUUUUGAAGAAACAGACGUACCUUCCUCAGAGAGACCCCGGAGGUGACCUCCUGAUGGCUGUGGACCACUGCUUCUCCAUCCGUGGUCAGGGAACAGUCAUGACUGGAACCAUCCUGCAGGGGUCACUGGCUAUUAAUGACACUGUGGAAAUCCCAGCACUAAAGGUGACCAAGAAGAUUAAGUCGGUGCAGAUGUUUCGGAAGCCAGUGUCAGGGGCCAUGCAGGGGGAUCGUGUGGGUGUGUGCGUUACACAAUUUGACCCUAAACUGUUAGAACGUGGUGUGAUUUGCACCCCAGGGUCCCUGCGCACCCUCUAUGCAGCUGUCAUCUCUGUGAGGAAGAUCGGCUACUUCAAAGGCUCUCUUUCCACCCGUGCCAAGUUCCAUAUCACCGUUGGUCAUGAGACAGUCAUGGCGAGGGUUACCUUCUUUGGCCUGCCACCUAUGGUUUCCUCUGAGCCCCCCUCAGACACUAAACCACCUCCAUCACAGCCCUGCUCACUGGACACACCCUUUACCUUCGACCGGGAAUACUUCUACCAGGACGAAUAUGUCACCGGUCAGGGAGAGGCGAGUUCAGGCCCUGACCCUGAGCAGUGGGCCUUGUUGGAGUUUGAGCGGCCAGUCACAUGCCCCUCGCUCUGCCUGGUGAUUGGUUCCAAACUGGACACAGACAUCCACGCCAAUGCAUGCCGGUUAGCCUUUCAAGGCCGCCUGCUCCAGGGUUUUGAAGAUAAAGGCUAUGCUGAGGCUGCCUUGCCUCGUCUUCGCAUCUACAAGACGAAACACAAGGAGGGACAGGUGGAAAGGGUUACUGAUGAUUACACUGUGAUUGGCCGCAACCUGUUCAAGAAGGAGACGAACCUCCAACUCUUUGUGGGGUUGAAGGUCACACUGUCGACAGGCGAGACUGGCGUUAUCGAGGGUGGGUUCGGACAGAGUGGGAAGUUCAAGAUCCGAGUACAAGAGGGUCUUUGUCCAGAAACCAAGCAGUUGUUAUCCUCCACCUCUAAGAAGAAAGGGAAAGGUGGCAGCAAAGGUGGACCGGGAAAUGAAGAGGAGCCCAAAACAGAUUCUCAGCCUGUUAGCAUUCAUUUGCAUUUCAAGCGGUACAUCUUUGAUCCUCAUAAGAAGAUGGUUCAGUCUUGACCUGAGUUGCGCGCACUUCAGCCUGACGUUGUGUCACAGUGUUGCAGACAGGCAGAGGGUAGCUUCAGAGGUCAUGUAGGGGUGAGGGGAAUACGGGCCUCUGUAUCAGCGGUAUGAUCGUUUUCUGCUAUCAGCCUCUGAUGGAGGCAGUCUGCUGAAAUGCAAUGAUUGUGGAAUGCUGAAUGCAUGUGAAACGACGAUUGUUUUUAUCUCCCUUUAUGGAGAUGGACUUAAUCCACUUUGCUACAUCAUAAGGGCGGAGGCCGCUCCUCUGUUUCAUUUGAGUUGUCUUAAAAAAUCAGUACUUUUGUUCCUCUUUGUAAGUCAGAAUCAAUUCUUUUGACUUGCAGCAAAUUUCUUUCCCAGUAUGUUUCUGAAUCAUUGGAGCCUUGAUUGGCACAGAAACAACAGCUAACAUAAGGGCAGCAGAAAAAUGUACGAUAUGCAUUGACAUUGUUGAAUGUCGCAACAGGGUUGCAGCAGUAAACCAUGAAACCAUAUACUGAAAAAAAACUGGCAGUCAUCAUACUCUCAUUAUCUAUUUGCUUGUCUACUAUAUUGAAAAAAAUGCAACUGGACACAGAAUCUGUCGUGCAUUGUCUUUCCUCCUCAACUGUUUAAAGUUUAAAUAAAUUUAAAUUAUAAUUUAGCAUUUAUUCAUCCAAAAAAGUCAUUGUAACUGUUGAUAAAAAUAAUUAUUUAAUAUGGAUACUGUGAUAUCAUCAGAGACGCUUUUUGCUUGAUUGUAUCGUUAAAAUCACAUACAGUUGUAACCCCUAUGUCCCGAUAAUGAUUACUUGCAGGGAAAAAUCAGAUGUGAAGAUGUGCCUGCUUUCAGUAUACUCCUAAAAUAGAAUGCAUCAUAAAAAAUGAAAAGAAAUUAUUCCCAACAUUCUUUCAUUAAACAUAUUAAAGAUCGACCUGACCACAGAAGGCACAAUAAAAAAGUAAUGACUUACAUUUUAAAGAGAAGAUUUCUCUCGAUACUGUCUUUCAACAAACAAAACUAAAAAUUGCAGUUUUUCGUGAUGCCUUUAUUCACCCAAGUUGACAUCAUGAUGAUGAUUUUAAAAAUCAAAAAAAAAAAACCCUCAACCAUACAUCGUGCAACCCUGCUGUAGCUAGCAUUACUGAAAUAAUUAACUCAGAUUUUCACAGAUCUCUGUACUCAUUUUCUGCGUCUUUCUCUCCAGCCGGGAUAAAGGUCAUGUUCUGUUUCAGGUUUUAUUGGUUGUUGCUGUGUGAUUUAAAAAUGAUUUAUCCAUAUUUAAAUAUUUGUCUUUUUCAUUUAAUUUUACUUUAAUAGCAGUAAUAGCAGCAUUUCAUCAAAAAUAGCAAUCAUAUCACAAGCUUGCGUGGGCUAAUUAGACACUGACCUUUUCAGCAAGACAAAUAAAGCAAACCUGUGCUGUAA